CAUACAUACACACAAAUACAGAUACUCUCUAAUGAUAAUAUAAAAAUUAAACAUUAGUUAAAACUCAUUUUAAACAGACAUACAUAUGAUGUUUUAGAUAAAUCACAUUUUCGUGGUGUUUAAUAAUUUAAUAAAAAAAAAUUGUAAUUUUUUGGUGUAAUUUUUCACACAAUUAAAAUCUAGAAAACAAUAGCUAUGAAUUCAACUAUUAAAUUAAAGCCAUUUGUAAAUUGUUUUAAAUUAAACAAUAAUAAUAUUAUUAAUAAUAAUAAAACUAAACAAUUAUUAAGUUUACAAUCAAUACGUUAUUUGAGUGGAUCAUCACCGAAAAAGACUUGUCUCUAUGAUUUUCAUGUUGAAAACGGUGGCAAAAUAGUCAACUUUGCUGGCUUUCAGAUGCCUGUCCUCUACAAUAACCUAUCAAUCAAUGAUUCCCAUUUACAUACACGACAGUCCUCAAGUUUGUUUGAUGUCUCACAUAUGUUACAAAUGCAGUUCACAGGUAAAGAUUGUAUUGAUUUUAUGGAAAGACUAACAGUGGCCGACAUCGAUGGCCUACAAGUGAAUACAGGGACUCUUACAUUGUAUACCAACGACAAGGGAGGCAUUAAUGACGAUCUGAUUGUGUCGAAGACGGCAAACGAUUCCCUAUAUAUUGUGUCAAACGCCGGUCGUAUUGAACAAGACUUGAAGCAUGUGAUGGAAAAUUGUCAAUUGUAUAAAUCAAACAACAAGGAUGUCGACGUACAGGUGCUCAAUAGGGCACUGUUGGCCUUACAGGGACCCCAGUCGGCUACAUGUCUGCAGCCAUUGGUUGGCGACUAUGAUUUGGCAAAAUUGAAUUUUAUGACAUCCGUGGUGACCAGUGUUUGCGGUAUAGAGGACUGUCGUAUUACGCGAUGUGGAUAUACCGGUGAGGAUGGUUUUGAAAUAUCGGUGCCCACAGAAAAAGCCGUUUAUGUAUGCAAAACAUUAUUAAGCGCAUCGAAAGGUGCGAUCAAAUUGGCCGGUUUGGGCGCCAGAGAUACACUGAGACUUGAAGCCGGUCUAUGUCUUUAUGGUAAUGACAUCAAUGAGACUACCGGUCCGGUGGAGGGAUCGUUGACGUGGACUAUAGCCAAAAGGCGAAGAAAUGACGCGAAUUUUAUUGGCGCCGAUAUUAUAUUAAAACAAUUGAAAGUAAAACCUAAAUCCCGAAGAGUAGGCUUAAUGGGUCUGACAUCGGGUCCACCCGCACGAUCUCAUGUUCAGGUGCUUGACGUCACCUCCAAACAGCCGAUCGGUGAAGUGACCAGUGGUUGUCCAUCGCCGUCGCUGAAGAAAAACAUAGCGAUGGCAUAUCUGCCGUUCAGUCAUAAGUUGGGUACAAAUGUCUUGUGCGAUAUCCGUGGCAAACAGUUUGAGUACGAGAUCGUGAAAAUGCCGUUUGUGGCCACAAAAUAUUACUUCAUUAAAUAAAAAUAAAAAAUUUUAAAAAGUCAACUGUGCCAUCAAUUAAUUGGGUGUAUUAUCAACUUUCAUAUAUUUAAUUGCUUUUAUUAUUAAUAUCUAAAUAGUAAUCAUAGUGUUUAGCAAAUUUAUAUUAAUAAUAAUAAGUACCAGUAAUUACUUAA